UAUGUAUGUUAUUCAAAUCCUUAGUGAUUCAACUGUUGAAUCUUUUGUUCAACACCACCAUUAUAACUAGUCUAAUAUUUUAAGAUUAUAUUUUUAUCAUAUAUUCAAUUCCUUUUAUUUCGAUUCAUUUUAUUUCAAGUCAAAAUCCAUAGAUUCAAUUCCUUUUAUUUCAAAAGAGAAAAUCCACCAAGUCUAUGAUCCGAUCCAUUGAAGUUUAACCAUGGGUAUUCUUUUAUAAAUAUGAGAGUCUUUUCUUUCUUUUCCCCAUCAGAAAGAAGUCUAAUGAAUCUUUGCAGAGGUCCCGAGGAAGUGCAACAGUGAGAAUCCGAGUGGUGCCAUAUUUUGAGACCCAUUGCCAUUGAAGCAUUUCUCCAUUUCUAGCUUCAAGGAACCAACAACAUGGCAGCAAAUCGUCAAAGCUUACCUAAAUUCGGAGAAUGGACAGAAGAUGUUCCAUUCACAGUAGUGUUCGAUAAAGCCAGUAGGUCGUCGAGGAAAAAUACAAACAAGUCUAAUCGUAAUCCCAACGAGUAUCCAGAAAUGAAUCCAACCGCUGCGCAAACUCGAAAUCAAAGACAUGACCAACCACCAAACCACAAUGUAAGACCGAGCCAAGAAAGAUUCGAUAGAAGAGAAGAAACCGAAUUCAGACCGUCUCCUGCUUACAGUGAAAGAAACAAUCGAGUCAGAGCUCCUCCUCCAGCAGAAACAUAUGACCAUCAAUCAUACGGUGGCGGAGGUACAAAUCCAUCGGAAACAAAUAGACGCCAACCAUAUGAUCAUACACCGGUGAAACCUAGGCCCAUAAGCAAUCUUAGAGGUCGGGGCAGUGAAAGGGUCGCAACUAUUCCGCCGUUUCCUGGAUCGGGUUCUGAGGAUCAGAGUUAUACACUCAUCUUUGAAAAAGUGAAAGAAAACAAGAGACAAAGUGGGACUGUGAGCUCUUACGAUGAAACUGAUCAUAGCAAUCCGACUCCACUCAUCAACGACGACCAACAUCAUCAACCGCUACCUUCUAGUCCCAAGGGUUGCUGCUUUCCUAGAUGGUGCCGAAAGUGAAGCUACUGAAGAUAAUUCGUUACUUUGUUUUCAUGUUUAAUUUGUUUUCUGCUUCUGGUUAUGGUUUGGCUCAAUCGAGUAUUCAAUAUUAUAAAUAAAAAUAUUAUUUUGUGUUCAAAAAAAAAAUAUAUAUAUUAUUUUGAUAUGUUCUAUGUAUGUAUGGGUGUUUUUUUUUUUUUUUUGCUAAAAGUGUAUGUAUCGAUGUUAUGGGAAAAAUGCUACGAACAUAGUUAAUCGUUCGUUAUCUAA